UUUUACACCCCCUCUUUGGACUAUUGACAUUCCCACAAGUACAGAAUCCAGAGCGAAAGCGAAAGACGAGUUCUUCACCACCCAACACGACGCCGUUUUGAAGCCCUCAGAACAGUUUACAGGGUUUUGUAAAUGGAUUCGGAUUUGGGGGAAAUUGAGGAGAGGCAGAGCACUCUGAGAAAAUCUUACGAGAGUGUUAAUGCCCAAGCCUCGUCGCUUUUGAGGUUCACGUUGCAGUGGAAGGAGCUUGAGCAGCACAUUGAGUAUACUAAGGAGUUGUUCAAGGCCCGAUUCGACGAGGUUAGGAAGAAGGAGGAGGAGAUUGGGGUGAGGGAGAAGGAGAUGGAGGCUGAGGAGGUGAGGCUUAAGUCGGAGCGAGACGAGAGAGCUAAGGACUUGCAUAGGAUUCAGAAGAUGAUUGAGGAGAAGGAGAAGACGGUCGAGGCGAUGGAGAAGAGGUUGAGGGAGGUGGGGGAGAUGGUUAGGGAGAAGGAGGUGGAUUGUAGUUUGAUUGGGAAGAGUAAUGAGGAGGGGCGGAGGAGGUUGAGUGCGGUGGAGGAGCAGAUUUGGACGAAGGGGACGCAGUUGAAGCGUGUGCAGGGGUUGGUGGAGAAGCAGUGGAAAGAGUUUGAUUUGAGGGAGGAGAGGAUUCGGGAGAUGGGCGAGAAGGAGAGAGAUUUUGUGUUGCUUAAGAAGUCGAUGGAGGAGUGGGGCGGGAGACUUGAGGCGAAGGAGGUGGAGCUUCGGAGGUGGGUUGAGAAGCUUGAAGGACAGGAGAGAGAGAUCGGCGUUAAGAUUGAUGAAGUGAAUUUGAUUGAUAUGAGGGUGCAUGAAUGCCUUAAAGAGGUUCAGUUGAAAGAACAGAAGUUGUAUUCCCUUGAAAAGUCACUGCAUGCGCAGUCAUGGGGACUUAAGAGGAAAGAGAGGGAGCUUGAGAUCAAGCGAGAACAAUUUGAUUCGGAUGUGGUUCGAAAAUCCGUGGGAGUACAUAUUCAGAAUUUGGAAUCAAAGGAGAAUUCUCAUCAGUGGAAGGAGGAGGAAUCAGAAGAUACUGCUGCUGGUGGUAAUAAUGGGAAUAGGGAUGGCAGAGGCUUGCUGUUGUUAAUGAAUCAGCAUUUGAGGAGGAAUGAUCUAAUGCUUAAAGAAAUCGAUGAUGCUCUUCUAAGGUCACCAGAGCCAGCGAAAUUGGUCUUAGAUGCAAUGCAUGGGUUUUACCCUUCAUAUUCAACUGUGGAAAACGACAAGUUUGACUUGACGGUUGUUAGGAGGAGUUGCAAUUUUUUGUUGGAGGAGUUGAUGAGAGUCUCUCCAAAAAUUACUCCUCAGUUGAGAGGAGAAGCAAAAAAGUUAGCAGCUGAGUGGAAAGCUAAGAUGAAUAUUGGCAAUUGGUUGGAAGUUUUGGGUCUUUUGCUGCUUCUUGCUGCAUAUGAUUUGAGCUCAAAUUAUGAUGUGAAGGAGCUUGAAAGUCUUGUUGGUAUAAUUGCUCAGCACAACUAUGACACAGCUGAAUUGCGCCCAGCUCUUGGGCUCGGUGCUAAGGCAUCUGAUCAGGAGGCUGCGAGUCGGAGCAAUUCGGAAAGAAAUCCGAGCAGCAUUAAUUGUUCUUCUGAUACUAAAAUCGAGAAACCUGUAGAUUCCCCACUGGCCAAUACUAAAAUCGAGAAACAGACUUUCACCAAAAAUACAGAUGUAGCUAACUCGCAGGUACUAAAUGAACAUUUGAGUUAUGGGAAUCAAUUGAUGAAUCCAGUUGUUACUGAUGGUUCCUGUCAGUCAGUAAUUGGUUUAGCAGGUAAAGUGCUUGCAGCGAAUAUAAUCCAGGACCUUAUUGGAAAGAAGCAACUGCUUGAGGCCGUUGUACUUAGUUGCAACCUUAAGUUAACUGAUAGGUUUCCCCCAGUUCCACUCCUAAGAGAAUGUGCCGAGGCUGCAAUAAGGAAUGGCUCAAAGGCAAUAGAUGACCAGAUAUCCGUCCUGAAAAGUGUGAUCAGAUGCAUCAAAGAUUACAACCUAGAGUCUGAAUACCCAUCCAAGGACAUUGAAUUGCAACUUCGGAAGCUGGAGGCCUUAAGUGUGGAUCCGCAAGAUGCAUGUAUUGACACCAAGCCACUUGGUAGAAAUGCUAAGAAGAAAAGAUGGAGGGAGCGUGAUAGCAGCACAUAUGUCUCUGAUUUGCAAUCACCACAACAAGCAAAGAAGAAACACAUCAGGUGUUACCAUUGCAAUGAGCCUGGGCAUGUUCAGAGCAACUGUCCCCGAAAAUGCUGAAGGCUCGUAAAUUGGUGGUAGUUUUGUUGUAAAUUUUCUUGGCAUUUUCUGUGCCCAAGUUUUGGAAAAUUUCAUGUACAGUCUUGGUCUUUAUGUAACUAUCAUGAUGUAUAGUUUUUCUAUAACACUCAGUGCAGCUGAUCUUUGUCU